GCGCGGGGCUGACCUGCGGGUGCAGGGGACAUCCCAGCCCCAGCGUCCCAUGAAGGGGUUGGCCAAGGAGCACGAAGGGCCACGAGGAGGGGGCACAGCAGACAGGCAGGGGACCCUCCUCUUCUACCCGGGGGGAACACCGAGCCCAUCCACGGCACUGCCGGUGGGCACCGGGGCGCGAGGCUGGCACCCCUCUCAGGGGCCCCGGGCAGGGCGGCCGCUUCGAGGAGGUCUUCCUUCCUCCUGGCCCAGCUAGCGAGCCCCGAGCUGCGCCGCUGCAAGCACCUCUCAUGUGACCGCUGGCUUCCUGUGCGCUUCCCGGCCUCGGUGCCGGCGCCUCGGUACGUGCCCUGCCAGGCGCUGCUCCAGCGCUGCGCUCUGCCCCGGGGCCCCAGCACCAUGCUGCGCCGCAAGCCCUCCAACGCCAGUGACAAGGAGCCGUGCCACAGGAAGCUCUCCCUCCAGCGCUCCAGCAGCUUCAAGGACUUUGCCAAGGCCAAAGUCAGCUCCCCUGUGGCGAGCGAGAAGGAGUUCAAUCUGGAUGAGAAUAUCCCCGAGGAUGAGCCCAGCAGCGCUGCCCCCGAGGAGGCGGCGCGGAGCAGCGGGAUGAAGCUGGGCAAGAAGUGGCGGGCCGUCAUCUCCCGCACCAUGAACCGCAAGAUGGGCAGGAUGGCGGUGAAGGCGCUGGCCGAGGGGAAGCAGGCAGAGGCGGAGGAGGAGGGGUCCCCGUCCCCACUGUCCCCAGCCAGCAGCACGGAGGAGCCGAGCCACGAGAAGGUGCCCCUGUCCUACCUGGAGAUGGAGGAAGACGCGCACCCGGCCGUCAGCCGGCAGCUGUCCAGCGGCAGCGAGGCGUCCAGCCCCAGCCCCAACAACCGGGACAGCCUGCGGCUGGAGGACAGCGGCCCGGCCUACACAGGCCCCUUCUGCGGCAGGGCCCGCGUCCACACGGACUUCACGCCGAGCCCCUACGACAAGGACUCGCUGAAGCUGCGGAAAGGGGACAUCAUCGGCAUCAUCGAGAAGCCGCCCGUGGGCACCUGGACGGGGCUGCUCAACAACAAGGUGGGCUCCUUCAAGUUCAUCUACGUGGACAUCAUCCCCGAGGAGAUGGCCCCUGCCCGCAAGAGCCGGGGCCAGGGCAAGAGCAAGCGGCCCAAGCCCAAGACGCUCCACGAGCUGCUGGAGCGCAUCAACCUGCAGGAGCACACCUCCACCCUGCUACUGAACGGCUACCAGACCCUGGAGGACUUCAAGGAGCUGCGGGAGACCCACCUCAACGAGCUGAACAUCACGGACCCCCAGCACCGCGUCAAGCUGCUCACGGCCGCCGAGCUCCUCCUGGAUUAUGACACAGCGAGCGAGUCGGAGGAAGGUGACAGCUCUGAAGCCCAGCCUUCGCCCUCGGAGCCCAAGGGGGACAUCCCGCGGGACUCGGGUUGCUUCGAAGGAUCCGAGACCCUGGACGGCAGCCGGGAGGAGGCCGAGCUGGCAGGCCCUGAGGGGCAGCUGGGGGCUUUGUCCCCAGCGGAGUCCUCCUGAUCCCCCAAAGCGCUUUGCCGGCUCUGGCCCAGCAGUGGACAGGAGGGGAAGCUUGCCGGGGUGCGGGCAAGCCCCAGGGAUGGGACCCCAUGGCAGGAGCUGCUCUGCAGGCGGGCUCAGCCCCCGAGGUUUGCUGCCCCGGGAUGUUCUGUGCUGCCUCACACCACGGCC